CUGGGAGCACUAUUCGUGGAGAGACCGAGGCUACGAUUGGUCCCUUCACUAUAAGGUUUUAAUUUUGAAUUUUUCUUCAGGGCGAGGGCGAGGCCACUGCCUGGACUUCAUCUAAUCCCCGGGCUCUUAGACUAAAAUCAUGCUUAAGUUCAAACAACAAAGAAGAAAGCUGAAAACAAAAGCAAAAAGAUUAUCGAAAAAAAGAAAAGCCUCUCACUUUCAGUCCAAGCUAAUUACAUCUCCCCCUCCACCACCCUCACCAAAAAGAGUGAUUACUUCUUCCACAAAUAUACCCCUUAGCAGAAGCUGGCUAAGAUCGUCCUGGAGCUUCACAUUUCCCAGUAUCAAAGAUGCAGUCGCACUCUGGAAAAGGAGGGUAUGCUCUCUAUACAACUGGUGCCAGAGCCGCACAGCCCAGAGCUUAGAAGUAUUGAAAGACACCAUUUUUCCUUCCCGCUUCUGCCACCGAGAACUCGAUAGUCUGAAACAACGGUUUUGCAUGUUGGAAAGUGAAUUGUGCAAGCUCCAGGAAGCACUGAAGACUAUCUCAGAAAAUUCUUCCUGUCCAAGCUGUGGUCAGACCUGCUACUCGAGCGGUAAACUUGCAGAUGUGCCUGCCGGUGCUCUAGCCGCCCCUGGAGAAUCCCGGGCUGUCCUUCCUGCCACACCGCCACAGCCAGCUGGCCCGCUCUCUCCUCCUCCACCCCUGCCACCUCCACCACCUCCGCCUCCUCCUCUGCCUCCACCUCCACCACCCACAGCACCUUUGCUGCUCAGAAAGUCCAAUCUCACUAAAGCGCUUCAGGCUGUACCAUUAAAAAGAGAUGGACCCAUGCAGAUAACAGUUAAAGAUCUACAGACUGUGAAACUAAAGAAAACACAGAGUUUCGAUGAAAGGAAGAAGUUAAAGCUUGUUCCAUCACCAAAGGCGCGGAAUCCACUAGUUACAGUCUCUGACCUGCAGCGUGUGACCCUGAAGCCCAGCUCCAAAGUGUCAUCGACUCGAGUCACGCACUUCUUAAUUACUCCUGGUAAAAGUCAGAUAGAUCUGCGGAAACUACUUAGAAAAGUCGAUGUAGAAAGGAGCCCAGGGGGGACCCCACUUACCAAUAAAGAAAAUAUGGAAACAGGAACCGGACUGACCCCAGUAAUGACACGGGCCUUGAGGAAAAAGUUUCAGCUGGCUCACCCCAGAAGCCCAACUCAAACUCUGCCACUUUCUACAAGCAGCUUUGAUGAGUAAAACUGGUGCCAGUUCUGCCUGACUCCAUGUGAUAUCCAGAAAUAUGCUGAUAAAACCGCCUCACUCCUUUUUAAAAAUGUAGUAUGUAUAAUUAGUCUAAUAUAUAAUUCCAUUUAAAGAAUUACAGUGUGUAUGGAGCCCGUAUAUACUGUGGCAUAAAGUGGGUGUUUGGAUAUUUUCUAGUUGGCAUGAUCAGCAGGAGAACAGAAUGGAAAAUACAAUUCCCAAAGCAAUGUUUAUCCUGGAAUUCAUCAAUUUAGGGUAGAGAGGUUCAAAUAUAACUAGAUAAUUCUAAUGUGUACUCAGACAAUAACCUAGUUCCCAUUCAUCUCGGGUAUUUUCAGGUAAUUGUGAAGGAAAGUAUUUCAGCCUGUAAAGCUCAUACAUUCAUUAAGUGCUACAAACUUGAUCAAUUCAAAAGACCCUCUGGAUUUGAUUUCCUUUCAUUACAAACAGUUAAGAAGUAAAACCAUCCUCCAUCCAAACCCAACUAUUUUCCAAAAGGUGGGGAAGCAGAAGAUCCAAUGUGACCUUAAAAAUUAGAAUGAUGAUUUCUAGUGUCUUAGGUAGGUAGUUACAUCCGGCUCACUGAAGUCUGGGAUAUCUGUUGUUUUAUGUCUGCUGUCCACAUUCGAACAGCUAAAUACACAUUUCACGAAGGCUCAACAUAAACCUUACAUUUUUCGCAGUACCCUGUGAAGGAUUCUCUGAGGGCUAUAGGAGGUUCGCUGUAAGACAUGAUACCCUGUCCUCAGUAGCCUGUUGAGUCAGUAACAGUAGUAAUGCACACCCAACCGUGUUGUUGUUCUUUCCUGCCAGUCCAGGGCUGCCAGAUUUAGUAAACAUAGACACGUAACACCUAAUCAAAUUUGAAAUUCAUAUCAAUAGCAAAUAACUUUUCAAUAUAAAUUUGUCCCAUUAAAUAAUAAAUAAUGUUUUAGUAUAAUUAUGUCCCAUAUAUUGCAUGGGACAUGUGUAUACUAAAACAAAAUUCACUGUUUACCUGAAAUUCACAUUUAAGUGGACUUCUACAUUUUAUUUGGUGACCCCGUCUGUCAGUCCCCUACAAAGUUGCCCAGGAUUUCUGGGAGCCCCCAGUUUGUCAGAUAUACCUGCUUGGCAGUGGACACUCUUACAGCUUCAGCAAGGAUCCCCACCACUAACGUUCCAACUAAUGGGGCAGCAGGGGAACUCGCACUGGUGUGAGUGUAACUGAAAGUGUCGAAUUAGCUUCAAUGCUGUGACCUCCACUGCGGCUCCAGGAAUAAGGAUGGCAGUUCUUUGUGGAGAGUAACCAAGAGGUUUCACGUCUUCACUGCACUUUUUAGCCUGAGAGGAAGCAGCUACAUAGACGAUAUCUUUGAAAUAUCCCCCUGGCCAGCCUAGGCUAGAAAGUUAUUUUAGCAAUUUCCCAAGUAAAUAUUGCUUUGAGAUGCCAAACAGUGUUGUUAUAAAGUUACCAGACUGGAAAGCAGACCUGGGGAUACUUUUGUUUGUAUGACACUCCACUUAUGUUUACAGCACAUUAAUAGAUAAAAAUUCAACAGAUAAUAAAGUUAAACAUUUGUGCUUCCAGUGAAAGUUUCUUUUAACCUGCUAGCUGCAUGUAUGCUAUGUGUGGAUAAAAAGAAUGUUUACUGAGAAUAAAGCAGUUGAAUAUCUGUACAAAAUAUUUUAUAAGGCAUUCAUAAUGUUUCUAAUAUUCAUACACCACUAUGUAUUAUAUCAAUUUAAUUUAAAUGAUUUGAUCAUUCUUAUGGAAUAAAGGUUCAUUAAAAAUGUUAUAGAAGUACUAUAGAUAAAUAUUUGUUAAGCUGCUAUUGCCAUUGUACCAGUAUUAAAAUAUAUUCUACCUUGCAUUCAUUUACUAACUUUUAUGACAAAUUUUAUACUGUGCCCAUUUGAGAAUCCUAAAGAUGCUAUGGCUUCAUUAAACCAUUGCUGAUUGUAUGCUCCCACUGUUUACUUUGAGACUAAAUAACAACCAGAGAGUAUAAACUACAAAGUGUAUCUGGUUUUGUGUUUAGAUAAAGAACAAUAAUAAAAACCUUUGACUUUUC